GACGGCGUCCGCUGUCGUUUAGAAAGUCGUCGGUACUCACAGGGUGCGGUUCGCGAAUCCGGAGGGACAUUCCCGUGCCGUGGCGUAAAGAUCGUUUAUGUGACCGAAGCUGGUUUUAUCGUGUGUAGAGUUAUAGAAACGAAAGGUGAAGCUAGAGAAGUAGACAGAGGGAGAUAAGUUUUUAUUGUUUUGUUUUCUUUUGUGAAAAGUUUCUUUACACUUCGGACGAAUUGCAAUUUUGUCGUCUAAUUAUUUUUGUCGAUGGUCAUCGUUGGCCUUUCUCGUUUCGAAUAAACUGCAAGAUUAUUGUGAAUCUGACGUCCGUUCCGUACAAUUGUAAGAAACAGCGUUACGUAUCAAGAAAGAAGAGGAUCGAUUCUGAAAGCGAAAAUUACCGCCGCCGCUCUACCGCGUCUAUCCGCUAGCGACAAUCGAUCGUACCAAGAGAGAGCUCGUCGCUUGCGCGUUUCGUCAGGUUAUACGCCAUCAUUGUCGUCGUCGGCAGCCAAUCCAAAGCGGUUUACACGAGCCCGCAGUUUUCAAUCGCUGAUCGCUGCAGCUAGCUUUGCUUUCCCUCGAGCGUAACCAAGCGUCGGCGGUGUCGUCGCCAUUUUGAAUCACUAUUUGUUUUCAAAUCCGUCGUCGUUCCCGGUGCCCGAGGGUCUGUGUUGUGCGGCAGGAGGAGAAGCGGAUCGAUCGAAGCUGAAAGCAGCUGCAGGAGGAACCCGCGCAAGUCCCAAAGCUGGAUUCCAACACCUCUGCCGUUAGGCUAAGAACGGUAAUAAAGAAAACGUCGUGACGCAGUAAAAGAAGAAGAAGGUGAAAAAGAAUAUCAGCUCAACACUAAGACCAACGACAGCAUUACCACGUAGCCAAAAUGAGGUUGGAAAUCGUGUCCGCGGCGGACUUUCUCGUGCAUUUACUAAGGCUGCAAGCCGGCCAGCUGUCCGAGCGGCAGCUGCAAAUGUUCAAGUCAUCGCUCUCCGAGGUACUGCGACGCCGAUACAGAGACCACUGGUUUCCGGACCGGCCAAACCGAGGUUCGGGGUACCGAUGCCUCCGCAUAAAUGGUAAAAUGGAUCCGGUGAUCGCCCAGGCCGGAGCAAACGUCGGUCUCCUGCCCACCGUUCUCCAUAACCUGUUUCCGACGGAGCUGACGAUGUGGAUCGACCCCGCCGAGGUCUCGUACAGGAUCGGUGAGAACGGCUCGAUCUGUGUUCUGUACGAACGUACGGAGCCGGACCCAGAGGAGUCGCAACAGUUCGAGAGCUGCAAGGAAUCGUUAUUCAUGGAGCACACGCAAUUUAGCGAGCAGAUCGCCGCUUUCGUAUCAAGUUGAGCCAAUCGCUCGCAGCAACUUGCAAACAACAACAACAACAAAAAAAACAUCAACAACAACAACACGAUCUUCUCAAACUCGCUUAGAAGUUCAGUCGCUCCUCAUGCAAUCGUCGCUCAUUAUACGUACCGAAACUCGCAUAUAUUUCAUCUAAUAUUAUUAUUAUUAUUGUAUCUGCUGUUGUCGCGGCACGAUAUUAUCAAACAACUCUCUUCCCAACGGCGGUAUGUCGAGUUGCAGCCGUCUCGCUGACUCUCCAUCUGCAGCGCCCUUUCAGAGGGACCAAAAACGAGUUAUUACUGUUCACACUCCACCAAUGAUCUCAAAGGAAAAUAAGAAGAA